AUGGCCGCUCGCGUCGCCGCGGUCGCCGGGAUGACCGCGAGCGUCUCGUCGAUCGCGCGGGUGCGUGUCGCGGGACCGCGCGCGAUCGUACCGGCGCGCGUCGACGUCGGCACCACCGCCUCGUUAGGUUCUUCGACGCGAGGCGAGCGAUCGGGACGGGAGGGGGCGGUUCGCCUCGCGUCGCUCACGUCGCCGUCGUCUUCGCGCGCGAGGCUGCGGGUGGUUCCAGUCGUGCCACGCGCGGCUGCGGAUAAUGCGCCGACGGGAGAGGAUGCGGCGGCUGCGGGGGAUGCGAAGGACGGGGACGACGCUUCGGGGCCCGACGUCCAGCCCUGGUUUCGGUUUCUCACGCGCACCACCAUCAUCGCCGCGGGCCUGGUGGUAUUCGGCUCCAUGGCCGCGCCUUGGCCCGCCGGGGGGCAAGUGCCGUUUAUGACGACCCUUAUGAAGCGCCUCGGGGCGAUAUGGGUCGCGCGGCAGCUCGCGAAGGCCAUCCUCAAGCCGCUCGUGAUCUGGGCGCACCGCCUCGGUCGAUUGCUGGCUCCCGCCGCGGCGACCGUCGGUCGGGCGUGCGUCAACGCCAAGGCUAAGUACGACGCCAACCCCAAGGGAAUCAUACUCAUCCCGUUCGUCGCCGCCUUCGUGGGCUGGUUCACCAACUGGCUCGCCGUGAAGAUGAUCUUCUACCCCAUUGGCUUCCUCGGCUUACCGUUCCUGAAGCAGGCGGUGGAAGGAGAGAUGUACGGCUUCGACAUACUCAACCCUCUGGCGUUGGGGUGGCAGGGCAUCGUCCCCGCCAAGGCUGCGAGGAUGUCCUACGACAUGGUGUCCAUGGUCACCGAUAAGCUCAUCGACGUGCAGGAGGUGUUCAUGAAGCUGGAUCCGAGGCGGAUAUCCGAGCUGCUGGCGCCGGAGGUUCCGGAGAUGGCGCGUCGCGUCGCGAGAGACAUGACGAAGGACGUGCCCAUGGGACCGUGGGCGGUGGAUCUGGGCGAGAGGGCUCUACCGUCGUCGUGUGGGCCGUUGGUUGACGGUAUCCAGGACGCGAUCGUGAGGUACCUCGCCGGGUUCGUGCGUACGCUCCAAGAGCAGGUGGACAGGGUGGUUGACCUGAAGGAGCUGGUGGUGACCGCCAUGUGCGAGGAUAAGCGAGUCAUCGUGGAGCUGUUCCAACGGUGCGGGCGCGAGGAGCUCAAGUUCCUGACGAACUCGGGACUGUGGUUCGGGUUCCUGCUCGGGUGCAUACAGGCCUUGUGCUGGCUGUUCUACGAUAACCCGUGGACGCUCACCAUCGGCGGGACCAUUGUGGGUUUGCUCACAAACUGGAUUGCUCUCAAGUGCAUCUUCGAACCGGUCGAGCCCGUGUACCUGUUCGACGGUAAGCUCAAGAUCCAGGGUCUGUUCUUACAGAGACAGCUGGAGGUGAGCGGGGAGUUCAGCGAUCACCUGGCGACCAAGGUGCUGACAAGCGAGAUGGUGUGGGACAACAUGCUCAAGAACCGGAAAGGCCCCGAGUUUGAAGCCAUGCUUGACGAGUUCACGCGGGAUUUUGUCCGAAAUGAAGCUGAGUCCCAGGGUAGGGGUUUGCUCGCGGGGGGUGUGGAGGAGACCGCACUGCUGGAUGAGGUCGUGAGCAAGGUGAAGGAACGGUUGAUCGACCACGUGCACGUGUUGCACGAGUACACGGACGACACGCUGGGUCUGAAGGAGCUGAUGCGGGAGAAGAUGGCGUUGAUGACGCCGCAGGAGUUUGAGCGGGUGCUGCAUCCCAUUUUCGAGCAGGACGAGCUCACCUUGAUCAUCUCAGGCGCGGUGCUGGGUGCCAUCGCGGGUUUCAUACAGCAAGUGUACACCAUCGCGACGGACGACGGGUCAGUGGGACCAGAAGAAAAGGAAGGCGGCGGUGCAUCACCUGCAAAAUGA